CAGCUUUAAAAGGCGUUCCCUUCUGUACGUUUGCUUGUAAAACAAUGAACGCCUUUGAGAAAAGGCAAGUUUGAAGGCAGGCGGGCGAAUGGUGCCUUCUCCGGUGACACCAAGCUACAGACACUCAACUUCAAAGCACGUAGGACUUCGAACUUAUUUGAGGCUGAAUUCGGAAGAGACGGUGUCUGCCCAUGGUGCUAUUCUUUGAACGACGGAAAGGACAAACCAAAAACCCCUGUAGUCAUUUUUCAAACGGACUAUACUGCUGACGGCUGUGGGGUAUACGACAUUUCUAAGCAGCUUAGGUAGUUGCAAGGUAAUUAGUGUCACAUCGUAUGCUAAUCGUUUCUUGUGUUACCCGGCUAAAAGGAGUUCACUUUGGAAACACCUGGGCAAGGACACAACUAAGUUGGUGCGGUGGGGAUAUUCAACGCGCCUACGUUUAUGUAAACGCUCCUUGUAAACGGAUCUAUAAGCCACUCAAUUUAAGCGUAUCUUAAAAGCGAUGGUGGGUAGACUGAAUCUACAAAAUGUGUCUGACGAUGAUCCUUUGGAUAUGAACUUCAAGGCUGAGCGGGCACUUGACAGUCCGGACUCCGGACUGCCUCCAAGUCCCAGUCCAAGUCCCUGGUUGUUGCCUGUCGGCAGUGAGAGAGGGUCCGGGAGUUUGGCUUCAGAAGACGAGGGCAAAGGGUCAUCAGCGACUUGCAUUAAAAACUUCAAGUGUAGGCCUAUUCCACAACGGUGCCCGUUAUCCUACGGAGAAGGAAUUGAACUUGACCCACUACCACCAAAAGAAAUAAGAUACACAUCAUCGGUGCGCUACGACUCGGAGCGCCACUUCAUCCACGACAUCUCCAUGCAGCCCUCAGGCCUGGGGCUGGACCAGUGCAGCCAGACUGUCUUCGCACUGCCCAACUGUACCUGGCGGCGCUACAAGACCGAGGUGGAGCUUCAGCCGAGGCAGAGGGUGCAGCGUUACCAGAGCACCACCAUAGUGUACCCCAAACACGCCCGCACCAUCUACACCACCCAGCUGAACUACGACGGGAGGAGGUUGGCCAAGCGCUUCCUCUCCAGUGUAGAGCUGGAGCCGUCCGACAGUAGGGCUCCUCAAUAAGUGAAUUUGAGACCGGAGAGAGCUCGGCAUGUCUCCAAAGAAAGGGUGUCCCAGAUCUCUAGGUAGUCAGUUGCCUGUUUGUCUCCUCCUCGGGAUCUUGAGUAGCUUUAAAUGAGAAGUCCCGUACCAAGAUGACUGAAGCACAGAGCUGCCAACACUUUGAACUUUGCCAUUUGGCAUUUCAACAAUUUUAGCAAAGAGUUUCUCUUAGAAGUUGAGGACUGACUGAAGAGGUCUUGAGUUAAGAUGAAUGGGGGAAGGGGAUGAAAUUAAUGAUGCAGACUUUUCUGCAUUUUAAAGACGUGAUGUUGCGAAGGUUUCAUGUUGUACAGCAAUUGAAGACGAACCAUAGCUUCUGCACUCAUCAGAGGUUGAUUUUGCAAGAGCAUCGGCUUCAUCUCUCUCUCUCUCGCUCUCUCUCUCUCUCUCUCUCUCUCUCUCUCUCUCCGUUCAGUCAUUUGCCGAAGCUGACUGAAAUGCUCAUCAUUUCACCUGGUCUGUUUUCACCUUAUAAUAUAAACCAGUAGUCGAGUCUCUAUUGUCCUGUGUGGCUAAUUUGAGGCAUCUACAGUCACAGAUGGAUAGAUUUGAGGUUAAAAUGAUUACAGGGUAUUGUUAGGUAUUUUUGCACACUCACACUGGUAUUGAGAAUAUUGUUUCUGUGUAUGGAUAGUAAGUGCUACAGGCAAACCCCACUACAGUCUAGAACAGACUCACUCUGCAGUUGUACUACUGUAACUAUUGAUUUGGAGGCAUCAAAGCCACUGCUUUUCCAUUUGGACUCAUAGGCUGCGUAGUGUAGCAGACUGCCAGUGGUGGUGCAAUUGUGAAGUUAUCAUGCUGAAGUCGUUGCAAAAGAGGUUGUUACAAGUUUUAAGCAAGAUUUUAGAUUUUAAGACAUUUGCAUUGUACUUAACUGUUUUUACUAAUUUGUAAAUCAAUCGGUUUGCAGUAGGCCUACAUUAAUUCUGUGUCCUCCCUAGUGUUGUGCUUUUGUAUUUAUUUUUGUUGUUCGUCAACACCACUCGUCUUUCAGAUACCUAUACACUGAUGUCUGUUGGUGGAACCCACUGAGUUUAAAUUUUCCCACAGGAAUUCAGAUGUUCAGUUUCUAAGAGGCACAGUUCUAUUGUUUUGCCCUUAAUGUAAAUACAUUUCCUUUCAAUUGUCUGUUGAAAAUAAAUACUUUUUUUUUAAGAACAAGUGUUUUUCUUGGUUAA